CUUCUUGCUUAAACCUCCGAAUGUCUGUGUGGUCGGCGGCCAUAAAACCCUGAAAACGCCUGAGCCCCGCCCCUCCUCCUUCUUCGAGAGCUGAAGAAAAUCUAAAUCUUUCUCUGCGCCUUUGAAGCUUCGCGAGAUAGAAAAUGGGAAUCUUUGAACCGUACAGAGCAAUUGGUUACAUUACAAACAGCGUCCCCUUCUCUGUGCAGAGACUCGGAACCGAAACCUUCGUCACCGUUAGCGUUGGCAAAGCCUUUCAGGUUUACAAUUGCGCGAAGUUAAACUUGGUGCUCGUUGGCCCUCAAUUGCCAAAGAAGAUUCGAGCUCUUGCCUCGUAUCGUGAGUACACGUUUGCUGCUUAUGGGUCUGAUAUUGCAGUUUUCAAGCGUGCCCACCAGGUUGCAAAUUGGAGUAGCCAUAAUGCCAAGGUCAACUUGUUGCUGUUGUUUGGAGAUCACAUCCUAAGUGUCGACAUUAAUGGAAAUAUGUUCAUUUGGGCUUUUAAAGGAAUUGAAGAUAGUCUUUCUCCAGUGGGACAAGUCAUCUUAGACGGACAAUUUAGUCCUAGCUGUAUAAUGCAUCCAGAGACGUAUCUAAACAAAGUUAUUCUUGGAAGCCUAGAAGGUUCUUUGGAGCUUUGGAACAUCAGCUCCAAGAAAAAACUUUACGAGUUCAAGGGAUGGAAUUCAUCUGUAUGCUGCUGUGUUUCAUCUCCUGCUCUCGAUGUUGUUGCCAUUGGCUGUGCUGAUGGAAAGGUUCAUGUUCAUAACAUUCGUUAUGAUCAAGAAUUGUUUUCAUUCACCCACUCGACACGAGGAUCUGUUACUGCCUUAUCUUUUAGCUCAGAUGGACAGCCUCUUCUAGCGUCUGGAGGUUCAUCAGGUGUUAUUAGCAUAUGGAAUCUUGAGAAGAGAAGGCUUCAAUCGGUCAUUAGAGAAGCUCAUGAUAAUUCAAUAGUUUCACUUCACUUUUUUGCCAAUGAACCAGUACUAAUGAGUUCUUCAGUAGACAACUCCAUCAAAAUGUGGAUUUUUGAUACAACAGAUGGAGAUCCUCGUUUGUUACGCUUUCGAAGUGGCCAUAGUGCUCCUCCUCUUUGCAUAAGGUUUUAUGCAAAUGGGAGACACAUUUUAUCUGCUGGUCAGGAUCGGGCCUUUCGGCUUUUCUCUGUAAUCCAGGAUCAGCAAAGUAGAGAGCUUUCUCAACGUCAUGUGGCGAAACGUGCAAAGAAACUAAAACUGAAGGAAGAAGAAAUAAAGUUGAAGCCCGUCAUAGCUUUUGAUUGUGCUGAAAUUAGAGAACGGGACUGGUGCAAUGUGGUUACAUGUCAUGUGGAUACUCCGCAAGCAUAUGUAUGGAGACUCCAAAACUUUGUUCUUGGUGAACAUAUCUUGAAACCAUGCUCAGAAAACCCAACUCCGGUUAAGGCUUGUGCGAUUAGUGCAUGUGGAAAUUUUGCCUUCUUGGGAACAGAAGGUGGUUGGAUUGAGCGAUUCAAUCUUCAAUCUGGUGCUAGUAGAGGUACUUACCUGGACACAUUAGAAGGAAAAACGUCUGCACAUGUUGGAGAAGUUGUUGGUCUUGCUUGUGAUUCUACAAAUACCCACCUUAUAAGUGCAGGAGUUCGUGGAGAUAUAAAGGUUUGGAAUUUCAAGGAGCGUGAUCUGAAAUCUAGAUUGGAAAUUGGUAGUUCUGUUGUGAAGAUUGUCUAUCAUCGAGUAAAUGGACUUUUGGCAAUUGUAGCUGAUGAUUUGGUUAUCCGUCUGUUUGAUGUUGUGGCUUUAAGAGUGGUUCGUAAAUUUGAAGGUCAUACAGAUCGGAUAACAGAUUUGUCUUUCAGUGAGGAUGGAAAAUGGCUUUUAUCAUCUAGUAUGGAUGGAACUCUUAGAAUUUGGGAUGUUAUUUUAGCAAGGCAAAUAGAUGCACUACAAGUCGAUGCUUCAAUCACGGCGUUUUCUAUUUCUCCAAAUAUGGAUAUUUUGGCUACCACACAUGUAGAUCAAAAUGGAGUCUACCUUUGGGUGAAUCAAUUAAUGUUUUCUGGCUCAUCAAAUGUGGAUACCUUCGCGAGUGGGAAGGAUGUUGUUAAUGUUAAAUUGCCAUCAGUAUCCUCGACAGAAGGUAUUGAGUUUGAAGAUCGCGAAGAGGAUCCUUCAAAUCUACCUGAAUCUAAAGUUCCAUCAGGUUUUCACAUCUCCAGCCAGCAAAUCCCAGAUUUAAUCACCCUCUCACUGUUGCCCAGAAGCCAGUGGCAGAGCUUGAUCAAUUUGGACAUAAUUAAGGUCCGUAAUAAACCAAUUGAACCUCCAAAGAAACCUGAAAAGGCUCCCUUCUUCCUUCCCUCUCUCCCUUCUCUCUCUGGAGAAAUACUAUUUAAGCCUUCUGAGUCAGCAAACACAGAGACAGAAAAGGGGGUCGAUCACGAACAGAAAAAAUCCGAUCUUUCAUCAUCCCAAUUUUCGCAGCUUCUCGAGUCUUCUUCUGAAAUACAGAACUUCUCUGCCUUUACUGAUUAUAUAAAAGGUUUAUCUCCAUCAACAUUGGAUUUGGAGCUUCGCAUGCUUCAAAUUAUAGAUGAUGCCGAUCAUCAAGAACCUGAAAAGAGACCUGAACUUAUUUCAAUCGAACUGCUUCUCGAUUACUUCAUACACGAAAUUACUUGCCGCAACAAUUUUGAGUUCAUACAAGCCCUAAUCAGAUUGUUCCUGAAGAUUCACGGCGAAACAAUUCGUUGCCAGUCGACGUUGCAGGAGAAGGCAAGGAAACUCCUAGAUAUUCAGGCCUCAGUAUGGCAAGGUUUGGAUAAAUUAUUCCAAUCCUCUAGAUGCAUGGUUACUUUUCUUAGCAAUUCACAGUUUUAGGUAGUUGGGGCUCAUCAUAUAGUCAUGAAAGCAUAUUUAUUGCUGUUGUAGAUUAGUUUUUCUUUUCUUUUCAUUUUCUUGGGAGUCCAUAGUGGCUGCUGAUGCUGAAACUGUGAUUUGGAUUAAACCAGAGAGAGAGAGAUGUAAUAGUUUGUUUUGGGUUAAUAUUUACUUCAACUCGAUGAAUUAGUCAGAAAGAGUGUUAGGUGUAAAUUGUACAACAUUAUCCAAUUUUGUCUAACAUUACAGGGUAUCAUUGUAAUA